UCUCGCGACAAUCAGUCAGUAAUCGGGCGUCAACGGGCUCGGUUUAGGAGGCGCCCGUGCGUCUUUCCUUUUUAUCUCUCUCUCUUUCUCUAUCCAUCCUGCAAUUUGGUUUUAUUUUUGGUUUUUUUUUUUUUUUGAAAAAGUAUUUUGGAGUGAGAGAGAGUUAACCCCCUACCACCUACACACGUAUAUAGUUAACUGUCCACGAGAGACACGUGCUGCUGCUGUUGCUACUUUUUUUCUACCGGUUUCCUUCUCUCGACAUUUCCCCCUCAAUCAAGCCCUCACCCCUCCCUCCAAUCAAGUAGCGUUUCGCGUGCGCACGUGGUUCCGCCGGCUUGUGUCGCGGAUGACCUAAUCAUUGACAAUUAUGUUCACUGCUGAGGCUCACUUUUGAUGAAAGGGAGAGAGAGAAAGAGAAAGAGAGCGUCAUAAACCACGAUUAGGAAUGUGCUUCUGUGAAGUGAUAUUUAAGUAUGGAGGAAAUAUUGUUCAAGGUCAGGUGUGAUUAAAACACAUCGGUAUUGAGUUGAUUCUUCUAAACAGACAUUAAUGAUAAUGCAGAUUCGUAUAUGCAAACAAAAGAAGUGUUUGUAAUUCAACAUGAGUGAUUCGCAACAAUAGAUAAAAGAAAAAUGCUUUCGAAAUAUUUAGGGGAAUGUGACAAAACAGAUCUUGAAAAGAUCUUUUCACUGGGUUUUAAGAUUAAUAGCAGUCGUGAAAUGUACUUGUGUAUUGUGUUAAAAGGUCAUGUGUGAACUCGAAAAGAGGAUUAACAAAAAAAAAAGAAAAAUGAGUGCAAAGUGUAGUGUGUUCAGAAAUGGACUUGAAACCCGAAAGUGUUGUUAGUGACACCUGUUGACAAGGAAAGUCGGUGACGUUCCACCGCAAUGGGAUAAGAAAAAAUGAUUAGAAAAUUUAACAAAAAUUAUGCAAAUAAAGAACAUGAGUGAGUGAGAGAGGAGAAUUACGAUUGAUCGAUCUAAAGUGGUUCGACAAACAAGUUCAGUUUUGAGUACUUGGCAGACCUUUGUUCUUGAUAUUCAGCGUUAUUACAGUGUGCACCCCCCCGUUUUCCACUGCGAGAUUUAAUUAAGCCCAGCAGAUUCAGUGUCGCGGUUGGCCUCCUGGGAAUGGACCCACGAAGACCCCUUAAAAAGCGAACUUACGAGGGGAACUUCAUCCCUCGAUAUUCCCGAGAAAUUCAUAGGCGCGUCGCUUAGAAUGGCUUAUCAAUGAAAUUAAAUUACCGCAGUAAGAGCAGAUUAAAUCAAUAGCGAGCAGAGCCGGGUUUUGGUAUAUACGAUAAUCGAGCCGUCGAUAAGUCGUCUCAGUUGAAUUAAUCGUGUAAGCCAUUAAACGCGCAAGCGUUUCGAAUGUGUGUUCGAUCUGAUAAAGUUAACCGAUCGAGAGCCACUUAAACCCAAAUCCAUUAACCAAAGAUUUCACAAACCAUGUAGACAAUAAUAUCAAGUCGCACAUAGAUCAAAUGUCCUCUUUGUUAUUGUUCGAAAAAUGGCAGAAACCGAUAAGCGUAAGACAAAUGAUGAUGAUCCCAGUUCACCCCAAGAGACAAUAAUUUCCUGUGACAACAAUAAUGAAACAAAAUCAAGUCCAACAUUUUUGAACAACGAAAGAAUAAGGUGCGAAUUAACGGACGGCUCAGUGGACAACAUUAGAAUUAGUUCUUGGCACGAUCACGUGUACGCAACACCGCCUCGAACCCCAACACCCCAUAGGAUCAGUGAUAUUCUAGGUUGGAGUUGUAGACCCUCAUUGGGUUCAACUACCAAAGGGCAUAUCUCCUUAGGGAUGGGCACAACUAAGCUACUGGCUCCAACCCCCAGGAGAUUCACCGGAAGUCCUUUAAUUCGUGCUCCACUGCCUAUUUAUUCGCCCUUGCCAGCACAUUCGCCAGCUUCAAUACAAGGUAGUUUGACGUCACCCCCAUGUACACCGAGUCCUGCUUCACCACUCAUGUCACCCUCUUCAAUAGCAAGCAUUGGAAUGAUAUCAUCUCCAAAAUUACAGUGCACCGAACAAUUAUCAAGACAAAAUGUUAAUGCUUUUCAAUUGGCAAAUGCCACCGAUACAACAACAACAACAACAUCAUCAUCAUCGGGAAUUCAUCAUCUUGACGAUAUGAAUGACGAUCGACCACUCAAUUUGACGACCACUUCAAGAGUUCGAAGUCCAUCAACAUCGCCAAGCUCGUCUAUUCUCAGUGGACGUUCAGUGUACUCGAGGUCUUCACCUACAAUGUUCAGGGAGCCACAGACCGAACCCUACAUCCUCGGAGUGCACCGCAACCCACACCAUGGCUUGUCUCAUCAACCUUAUGUACAUAAUGGAAGGCAGAUUGUUGCUGACGUUGUUGCACCUGCUUCAUCUGGAAAAGGCAUCAGAUCCAGUGCUAAGGAGAGUACGAAGCUGACAUCGGUAAAGAGAAAACGAGCGGAAGUUAGUGCAAAAGAGACAUCAUUGUCAUCGAUAAAAGUUGUGAGCGAUGUUAAUUCAGAGGAACGUGAAGACGCUGAAAUGGAUAGAAAAAAGAAAAAAGCAAGAACAACAUUUACGGGACGGCAAAUAUUUGAAUUAGAAAAACAAUUUGAAAUCAAAAAGUACCUGAGCUCCUCGGAGCGUGCUGAUAUGGCGAAACUUCUUAACGUCACAGAAACACAGGUGAAAAUUUGGUUUCAAAAUCGAAGGACAAAAUGGAAAAAGCAGGACAACAUAAGCAAUGCCGAAGCUGCGGAACAUAAAAAUCAGAAUAAUCCAAAAACAACAUCAGUAAAAUCGAAGCAUUCGUCAAUGAAGGAAGAUUCUUUGCGAACGUCAGUUGAAUGUAGCUCGGAUUCAAAUAAUUCUUUAUUAAUCAGUGAUGUAUCAGUAUCCGAUAGUGAUCCAACAAAUCAGAGAUUAUCAUCCUCAGUAUCAACUGGUCCAUCAGAAAGAUCCAUGCAAUCAAUCUACAUAUCCAGGAAUUAUGAUUCUGAUCUUCAAUUAAUGAAUGACGAUCGUCUCAAAGACACUGAUAUUCUAAAGGAAUACGACAUGAAACGUGAUCAAAAAAUUGCAUCACGAGAUUUAGUAUCCGGCAAAGGUGAAUCAAGAACACAAGAAUGUCAAGAAUCAAUAAUUGAAAAUAAUUCAAAUUAUGAAUCACAAAAAAAAGUUUCGUUAUUAAUAAACGAGAGAAAUGAAAAUUGUCCAACAAUUCAUCAUGAUAAUGAAAAAAAUCAAUACAAUAUUGGAAAUAAAAUUGAAAGGCUAGAUAAUAAAAUUGAACCAGUUGAAUUUGCUAUUGCACCAACAGUGGCACGACUAGUGACAACAUCCGACAAGGAGCCGGAAAUUGUUGAUAAUCAUGAAAGAGAUUUUGACGAAGAACCAUCUUCACCGCAAUCUGCACUUGAAAUUGAUGAGAGGGAAGAAAGAGUUAUUAGUCCCGAAUUACCCAGCUAACUAGCAAUUUGAUUAGGAGUCACUCCUAUAUCAUAAACAUUGCAAUAUUUUCAUAAUCAUUUUUUCCAUUCCUCGUGUUGUGUAAUAUAAAUAUAUAUUAUAUAUAUAUAUAUAUAGUCACCGGUAAUCAGGUCAUUAGAAAAUAUUUUUCUUUUUUUAAUUUCAAGAAUUUCAUUCCUAGUCGAUAUUUUUUUUUAUUUUUUACUAUUAUUAAAAUACACUGCGACCAAAUAUUCUCAUAUAUUUAAGAAUAGACUUUAAUUCAGUAAUAAUUUCUGAAUUAGGACAAAGUAAUUAAUUUUCGUAUCGUCUUUUCAUGAAAACCAAAGAGGCAGAAUUCAGAAUUAGCUUAAACCAGAAAUACUAAAAUUAUCCUUCUCGUUACAUAAAUACAAUGUUUUAUAUAUAUAUAUCUAAUUUUCAUUCAAAAUUUUCUUUUCUCAAAAAAGAAUAUAUUUUUAAAAAAUUAAUCAACUUCCUCUUUCAAAGGGGGAUAAUUUUCAAUCUUAGAAUUUUAUUUCUAUUCUAUUCAAUUAUAGAUAUUUCAAUAAUAAAAAAGGUCUAUUCUGAUUUUGGAAUUAACACCAAAGAAGAGAGAUAAUUUUAGAAUUAACUGUCGCUUUAGGUAAAUUAAAUUUUUCAUUUCUAGAAAAAAAAAUGUCAUAAUUGUUAUUUUAGUUCCUCUUUUUCUAUUUUUUUAGUCAACAAAAAAAAAAGCUUUAAAGACUUGGAACAAAUAGGUUCUAUUGUACGAUUAUUAUAAAUAUGUGUGUAAAUAAUCGCCGAAUAUGAUCGAGCGUUAAUUAGAAUUUUGUGUAAUUAUAAAAUUUGAUGCGUGAAUUCUCCGGAGAUAAAUGUGGUACGUCAUUUUUGUAUUAUUUAGUUGCCAAAGUAAAGCCAAAAAAAAAGGCUCUUCGAUAUUUUUGCUCCGAUUCAAGGUUAAUAAAUUGAGAUAGAUUCUGAUAUCACA